CUCGCCUCUGCCGUCGCGCUGGCUGAGUCAAUCCAGCUUCAGGAUUUGGAAAGCAUGGCGCCGGACCGAGGCUAUACAGAACUGCAGAAUGAAAGAGCUGGAGAUGGUGAAGAGACGGAACACGCGGCGUUGAGACGUAGUGGAACGGGGACUCGCAGUUACUUGGCUGAGCGGGCAUCGCAGCCGCAGAACUUCACGCUCCGUGGUAUUUUGGUUGGCUUGGCGAUCGGAAUCGUCAUUUGCUUCUCCAAUAUGUAUUUUGGGUUGCAAACAGGUUGGGUGAGUGGCAUGGCCAUGCCUUCGGCGCUGAUUGGGUUUGCGUACUUCAAGGUUGUUGCGAAGACGCUUAAGUUGCCGUUUACACCAGUCGAGAAUGUCUUGAUUCAGUCAGUCGCGGGAUCAGUUGGUACCAUGCCCCUAGGAUGCGGAUUCGUGGGUGUCAUUCCGGCAUUGAACUACCUGUUGAAACCAGAAGAGAACGGACCCCUGGAUAUUAGUCUCUGGAAGUUAAUUGUUUGGGCCGUCGGAAUCUGCUUUUUUGGUGUGGUCUUUGCGGUUCCGCUUCGGAAGGAAGUGAUUAUCCGGGAGAAGCUCAAGUUUCCGAGUGGAACUGCUACUGCGCUGCUUAUCAGGGUGCUUCAUGGGGACAAGGAAUCCAAAGAGGUAGUAACUCGCGAGCAAGAGCUUUCCGAUGACGAAGAAGCGUCUCAGGGACUUUUGCAGGGAUCGAGUGCCCAGCGAGAAGAGCAUGACCUGCGACCAUCUUUGGACAACCCGAAAAUCACAGGACAGGAGCCUGAAGAGGAUGGAGAUGAUGGAGACUGGAAAUCCAAGAUAAGGCUACUGUUAAUCUCGUUUGCUGGAUCUGCCUUGUUCACCGUUGUGUCCUACUUCAUCCCACAACUGCACGAUAUUCCUAUUUUUGGCCUUUCCCUAGCACAGAAUUGGCUUUGGACAUUAAACCCUUCACCAGCUUAUGUUGGACAAGGCAUCAUCAUGGGUCCGGCUACGACACUACAUAUGCUCCUCGGUGCCAUCAUUGGCUGGGGUGUCCUCUCACCACUUGCAAAGCACAAGGGAUGGGCUCCAGGACCUGUUUCUGACUGGACAAACGGCUCCAAGGGUUGGAUUGUAUGGAUAUCACUUGCCAUCAUGCUGGCAGACUCCCUUGUCAGCUUAGGAUGGCUGCUUCUACGGCCACUCGUCACGUUUUCCACAGCAUAUUACCCGACUGCCAAAGAGAUUUUUCAGUCGCAUACCUGGAAGGAGAUUCUCACGUUCAACAUUACGCCCAGGCAAGGAUACACACAGGUUGGCGAUGGGACGGCAGAGACUCCGUUGAUAUCUAUCAAAAAGCACUUUGCUGCUGAUUCAGACCCAGAUGCACCCCCUGAGCAUCUCGUAUCGAACCGCACCACCAUUAUCGGACUCGUCGUCUCGCUAGUCCUAUGUGUCAUUGCAGUUCACGUGACGUUCCCCGGCUUGAUCCCCUUCCGCCUAACGCUUCUAUCACUGGUCCUCGCGCUCUUCCUUUCCAUAAUGGGCGUCCGCGCACUAGGCGAAACAGAUCUCAACCCCGUCUCCGGCAUCUCCAAGCUCACGCAACUCGUCUUCGCACUUGUCACGCCAACGACAGGGCCAGCUGCCAAGAACGCAGUCAUUAUCAAUCUCGUGGCUGGUGCAGUGUCCGAGUCUGCAGCACUACAAGCGGGAGAUUUGUUGCAGGAUCUCAAGUGUGGGCAUAUACUGGGAGCGGCACCGAAUGCACAGUUUUGGGGUCAGAUGAUUGGAUCGGCAGUUGGUGCGGUGGUGUCGGCGAUUGUGUACAAAUUGUAUACGAAUGUUUAUACCAUUCCUGGUGGGUUGUUCGAGGUACCAACGGGUUAUGUGUGGGUCUUUACCGCACGACUGGUGACAGGAAAGGGUCUGCCACCUAUGGUCAAGGAAUGGGCGAGCGGAGCGGCUGUCAUCUUUGCUGUCAGUACGGUAAUCAGGGUCUGGGGCAACACUCGAAAGCGGAACGGCUUGAGUGGAUGGUGGAUUGACUUUGUGCCUGGCGGAAUUGCUGUUGCUGUUGGUAUGUAUAACACGCCUUCGUUCACGCUGGCACGCACAGUUGGGGGUCUGAUAAGUCUUUGGUGGCGGCGCUGGAAGGGCAGAAACGAAACUCCUAUUAUUGUACUUGCGAGUGGUCUGAUUUUGGGCGAGGGAUUACUCAGUAUCGUGAACCUCUUACUGGCCAGUUUGAAUGUGCCGCAUCUCUAGAGUGGCCUACUAGCAAUUAAGUCUUCUAUUGUCUGUA